AAAAACGCAAGCCACAGCUGACAAAGACUCAAGUGUAUCCAUAUGUGGGGAACUCAACUGUGAAGAGGAUCAUAACAGGUGUCUCUAAAGCCUACUAUGAUCCUUUAGCUAAAGUAGAUGAGACAAAAUUUAAGAAGCUACUAGAUUAUCUGCACAAUAUUGCUGGUGAUAAUGAUGUAGACACUCACUUCUACAUGAGGCUAAUAACGCCAAGAGAUGAUUGGGAAACAGAUGAAUCCGGGUGGCUAACAGAUUCUAAUAUGGCAUCUGCAAUGCUUAUGUUUCAUAAAAGACAUAUGAAGGACCCGUCACCAUACUCUUCAUCAAGGAUCGCUUUUCUUGACCACUGGUUUGUCAAGUCAUGGGUCAGAGACUACAAGACAUACGAUCCUAAGACAUGGAAGUUCUCCGACACUUACAAGAAGGUCUUCAAUGGAAAUUAUCCUACAGAGUUUUCCAACAACAGACAGUGGCUGAAGGAUGUGGAUCGAUUGUUUCUUUGCCACUUGAUAAAUGAGCACGUGCCCACUUCCUUACAUCUGCUUUGUGCAAGUAGCCAUGCAAUGCGCACGUGCCCACUUCCUUACGUCUGCUUUGUGCAAGUAGCCAUACAAUGCCGGAUGCAUAGAUUUGAUCUCCUCAAAUAUGGUCUCAAAAUCUGAAAGUCUGUAUGAAUUUGCUGCCUUUUUAACCAAGCCAAACAACUCCCGACCUCUAAACUUUCCCAACACAUUCUUGUAUAAGUGAUAAGUGCAAACUCCACGGCUGGCCUUUGGAUAUACAUGGGUAAUUGCAUUUCCAAUUGAUUUGUGCCUAUCUGAAAUAAUAGCAAGUUUUUCGUCAUC